UUUCGGUUACCUACCCCGUGCGAACGCGGCCAGAAAACCCCGUGGCUCGCUGUGGAAGCCCUCUUCUCAUGAUCCGCCAUUAGGAGUCACCAGUGGUGGGUGAAACGGCAGGAUGCAGAUCUUCGUAAAAACCCUCACGGGGAAGACCAUCACCCUCGAGGUCGAGCCUUCAGAUACCAUUGAAAAUGUCAAGGCCAAAAUCCAAGAUAAAGAAGGUAUCCCUCCUGAUCAGCAGAGGCUGAUCUUCGCUGGCAAGCAGCUGGAGGACGGACGCACGCUGUCCGACUACAACAUCCAGAAGGAGUCCACUCUGCACUUGGUGCUGCGGCUGCGCGGUGGUGCCAAGAAGAGGAAGAAGAAGUCGUACACCACUCCCAAGAAGAACAAGCACAAGAGGAAGAAGGUCAAGCUCGCUGUGCUCAAGUACUACAAGGUGGAUGAGAACGGAAAGAUCCACCGUCUGAGGCGGGAGUGUCCGGCGGACGAGUGCGGCGCCGGCGUCUUCAUGGCGAGUCACUUUGACCGGCACUACUGCGGGAAGUGCUGCCUCACCUACUGCUUCAACAAGCCCGAGGACAAGUAGAGCCGCUCAGCUGCAGGGGGUCAAUAAAGUUCAUGUUUGAAUAAAG